AUGGACCUGAACCUCCUCCAGGCGAAUAUCAACCACUGCGCCAGAGCUCAGGACCUCCUCUUCCAGAGCAUGGCGGAGUGGUUGAUUCACGUAGCCGUGGUAGCUGAGCCCUAUCGCGUCCCUUCUGGGGAUAAUUGGGUGGGAGAUACGGAAGGAGUGGUUGCCAUAACGUCCCGGUCCAUAGUGGGCUCUCCAGCCUUCGAUAACGUAGUGCGAGGUCGGGUAUACGUCUCGGCUUUCGUUGACGACGUUAUGGUAGUCGGAGUGUACUUCUCGCCUAAUAAAAGUCUCGCUGACUUCGAACAGUUUCUUGCUGAAGUCGGCGUCCUGAUAAGCAGAAGACGCUCCGGCCGCGUUCUUGUCGCUGGGGACGUCAAUGCAAAAUCUGUGGCAUGGGGGUGUCCAGCGACGGAUCCGCGUGGACGAGAGCUGGAGGAAUGGGCGAUGGCGACUGGCCUCACGGUCUUAAACCGAGGAUCGGUAAACACAUGCGUGCGGCAACAGGGCGGCUCCAUUGUGGACGUCACUUUCGCAGAUGCUGCCCUGGCGCGCCGUGUUCGGGGCUGGAAGGUGCUGGAGAACGUGGAGACGUUGUCGGACCACAGAUACUUGAGGUUCGACAUCUCCGCAAGUUCGGUUCUCUUGCAAGUUUGCGACGCGGCCAUGCCACGGAUCGGUCCUCAGCCUCCGAGGGGUGCAGUGUACUGGUGGUCCAGCGAAAUAGCGCAGUUGCGCAAAUCUUGCGUGGCUGCGAGACGCCAGUACACCCGGUGCAGACGACGGCGUCAGCGGAACGCAGACGCGGAGCAGCGCCUGUACGGCAAUUACCGGGAAGCCGUCGGGACCUUGAAGGUAGCAAUGGCAACAGCCAAAAAUCUGGCGGAGGAGGAGAUGCUGGCUAGCCUCGAUGCCGAUCCCUGGGGCCGGCCAUACAAAAUGGUGAGGCGUAAGCUUCGCCCCAGGGCCCCACCGCUAACCGAAUCUCUUCAGCCUCAGCAACUGGAGUUAGUGGUGGGGACUCUGUUCCCCAGGAGGGAUGGCUUGGAGCCACCGUGUAUGGCGCCACCCAUCGGUGCUGCGGACGCGUCUUUUACGGGCGCGCCCGAAGUCACCGAGGGAGAACUGAGGGCGGCGCUGCUGCGGCUUCGAGCCAAAAACACUGCUCCGGGACCCGACGGCAUUCCCGGCCGGGCCUGGGUCGUGGCUUUGGGUCCGCUAGAGCCACGCGUCAGAGCGCUUUUCAGCGCUUGUCUGGAUCAGGGUCAGUUUCCGACUGCUUGGAAGACGGGGAAACUGGUCCUGCUCCGGAAGGAAGGACGUCCGGCAGACUCGCCGUCGGCUUAUCGGCCCAUUGUGCUGUUGGACGAGGUGAGCAAGCUCUUUGAGCGGGUAAUCGCUGGUCGCCUCGUCAAGCACCUGGAGGAGGUGGGGCCGGAUCUCAGCGACUUUCAGUUUGGUUUCCGCCGGGGCAGGUCCACCAUUGACGCGGUCGCACGGGUGAGGGCUCUGGCGGAGGAUGCAGUUUCCCGGGGUGGGGUGAGUCUUGCGGUGUCUCUUGACAUCGCCAAUGCUUUUAACACUCUGCCGAUUUGGCUGUCCCUGACUGUUGGCCUGCUGGCUUUACAGACAGGUGGACCGUCGGAGAUGGCGGAUGAAUUGUCAUCGGGGAGGGAUGGCGCUCCAGGGCCGCAGACGCGUUCACGCCGGAGCAACAGGGCGGUUGCAGUAAGGGGCGGAGCUUCGGCCCGUACCCCUGUUGUUGCGAGGUACUCGCGCCGGGAUGAUUCCGUUUCGCCGAGCUCCCGGAACUCGUCGAUGUCGCGGUGCUCGACGCCGGUAUCAAGGGGGAACUUUGUUCUUUGUGCGCAAUAUUCUACAGGGUUGUUGAGCUACUGUAACUUCUGGCAGGGCUUCAUAGAGCCUACACCACGGUUGCCUUUGCAGCAGCCUGUGUCUUGGCAGGCACCCCCCCUUGGGAGCUGGAGGCGGGGGUUCUCGCGGAGACACACCGUGUCAGAGCAGAGGCUCGGGCGAGAGGGGAACACCUGGCCAUAG